UUUUCUUACGACUAACAUUUCAUUCUAAUUGUGUAUCGUUUUAUCCAUGUAAAAUAUAAAGUCAAUCUGUUGUAAUACACAUACAGAAUAUUAAAUAAGGUCAUGGAUGAAAAAGGUGCUUGCAUGGUGUGCCUCUCGCCGGCCGAGCACAAGUGCUCAGGCUGUCAGACAGUCCACUACUGCAGUAAGGAGCAUCAGAAGCACCACUGGAAGGAGCACAAGCAUUUAUGUGUGCCAUUUAAAGUUAAAGAAGACACCAAGUUGGGAAGGUACUUGGAAUCUGUACGAGAAAUUAAAGCUGGAGAUAUAAUUUUAAAGGAAAAGCCACUUAUAACUGGACCUGCUCAGGUGACACCUCCUGUAUGUCUUGGUUGCUAUAUUCUAUUGGAGGAAGGUAAAACAGUAAAUUGUGAUAAAUGUGGCUGGCCGUUCUGCUCUAAAGCCUGCACUCUUAAAGAGGAACACAAGCCGGAAUGCUACUACACACAGCAGAAAGGAGAAAAGGUCUCCAUAUCAACAUUUGGAACACCUCAUCCAAAUUACGAAUGUAUCACAGUACUCCGAUGUCUGUACCAACGGGACCACAAUCAAAAGCUGUGGAACAGACUGCAAGAAUUAGAAUCUCACUGCGAAAGCAGAAGGGGAACGGAGAAGUGGGAGAAUGAUAAGAAGAUGAUAGUGGAGUUCAUUUGGAAGUUUCUGAAACUGGACGGAACUUUUAACGAGGAUGAAAUUAUGAAAUGCUGUGGAAUAUUACAGAUCAACGGACACGAGGUUCCUCUACUGGAGCCUGAGUACGUGGCGAUAUUUGAUCGGAUAUCAAUGGUGGAGCACAAUUGUCGAGCUAAUUGCAACAAGAGCUUCACAUCCCAUGGAGAUAUGAUUCUAUGUGCGGGCUCCAACAUCCCAAUUGGCACCCAUAUUACGGUCUGCUACACGGAUCCACUGUGGGGAACUGAAGGGCGCCGCCACCACCUCGCUGAUACCAAACAUUUCGAGUGCACGUGUGAGAGAUGCUCUGACGUCACCGAACUGGACACCAUGUACAGCAGUAUCAAGUGUAAAAAGAAGAAUUGUAAAGGUUUUCUCUUGCCGGAGACCUUCAUUCUUCCCAUUCUGCACAAGACGAAAAACCCAGAUCCAAAGACACGGAAUCUCGACAAUAAGUUUUGGAUCUGUAACUGCUGUAAAGAUGCGGUAUCUGAUGCAAUCAUACAGCAACUGCUGCAGGAUAUUGGUAGAGAGCUUAGUGCGAUGCCGAAGGGAGAUCCUGACUGCUGUGAAAGGUUUAUCAACCACUGCGGCAGUUAUCUCCAUUCUUCUCAUUACUACAUGACCGACGUGGGCCUGGCGCUGGCGCAGAUGAUUGGACAGGAGGAAGAGCAGGGCCUGGCCAAAGUCAGCGAUGAUCGGCUCCUACUCAAACUGCAGCUUUGCAGGAAGAUUACGGAUUUACUGGAAAUACUCGCUCCAGCGGAAACCAGGCUUCGUGGAUCAUUGCUGUAUGAGUUGCACGCUGCAGUAGCGGAGGCCGGCAGACGGAAAUCGCUAACUGAUGGCCCUAUGGUUCUUCUUGGACACGUUACGGAAUCAAGGAAAAUCCUAAAGGAAUCUGCGGGUUUACUGAGACACGAGCCUCCAGAGCUACCCGAGGGUCAACUCCUGCAGCAGGCGAUGAUCAACCUAGUGCAGAUGGACGAACUCAUCAGAAACUUAUCUACCGCUUUACCAUUACCUUUAUAGAACGUUCUAGAACAUGACAAAUAAAAUAUAUAUACAUAUAAAUAAAAUUGGAGUGUCUGUUUGUAAUAUUGAAAUAACCGUUCUUUACAACAUAUGAAUAUAAAUACGGUACAUUACACCAAAAUAACAUUUAUUAAAAUUUUUAUCUGUCUAUCUGUUUGUGUCGGUUAAUCUCUGAAAUGGCUGGACCGAUUCUGAUGGGACUUUUUUUGACAGGUAGCUGAUGUAAUAAGGAGUAACGUAGGCUACUUUUAUUCCAGAAAAAUGAAGUUAAAUUCCACACGGACGAAGUCACGGGUACAGCUAGUAA